GGUAGAUUUCGUUAUCCCAUUUCUCUCGUGCACAUCGAGGACGCUGUAUCGUGGUUUUAUCUGCAAAUAGCUUUUUGACUGUACGAUAGGAAGAUGCCGCCUAAAGCAAGUGGCAAAGCCGUGAAGAAGGCCGGUAAGGCCCAAAAGAACAUUAGCAAGACUGAUAAGAAGAAGAAGCGUAAGAGGAAGGAAAGCUACGCCAUUUACAUCUACAAAGUACUGAAGCAAGUGCACCCGGACACUGGAAUCUCCAGCAAAGCCAUGAGCAUCAUGAACAGCUUCGUGAACGACGUAUUCGAAAGAAUCGCCGCUGAAGCAUCGAGACUAGCGCAUUACAACAAGCGCUCAACGAUCACCUCUCGGGAGAUCCAGACGGCCGUCAGGCUCUUGUUGCCGGGUGAAUUGGCGAAGCACGCGGUCAGCGAAGGCACGAAGGCAGUAACCAAAUAUACGAGUUCCAAAUAAAUUGGAAAGAUUUGACUAAUUUGAUUGAUAAACGGCCCUUUUCAGG